GAAGAACAGGCAUCCAAAUUUGCGCUACAUGCGGCAUGUCGCGAGGGUCAGAGUAAGCAAGCAGUCAGAAGAAGAGACUCAAGAAGGAGGUAAGGAAGGAUGAAAGCGGGGCUAUCUUUCUGACGACAAUAUGUCCAUUUCUUUCUUUUAGCACGACAGGUGGAAUUUCUCCUCGACAACGACCAGAAACUUGCCGCGAAACGCGACGAUGAUGACCGACUCCCUCUACACUGGGCUGCCUCUUACAACCGUCUUCCCAUUGUAGAGAUCCUGCUCGGUGUGAAGGGCUCCGACGUCGACGCACAGGAUGGUAUUGGAUGGACAGCGUUGAUGAUGGCCGCCAGUCUGCGAGAUGGCGAAGACAUGGUGGAACUUUUGCUCAACAAAGGUGCGGAUGCCGAUAUGAAGAACCACAACAACCAAACCGCGCUCUUCUUCGCAGCCUCCAAGAAUAACUUGGACGUGGUCAAGAAACUCAUCGCCCAUAAAGCGAGUGCGCGAGUGAAAGAUAAACGUGGACAAGUACCUCUCCACAGAGCUGCUGCCAUCGGCAGUAUCCCCAUUGUGAAGCUGUUACUGCAACAUCGCAGCCCGGUCGAUGCUACGGAUGUGGAUGGCGCAACAGCCCUGCAUCACGCCAUUGCAGAGGGACAUGGGCAAACGGCGGUGGAAUUGUUAAAAGCAGGCGCCGACUCGUCCAAGAGGGAUAGCACUGGUCAGUUGGCUCUGCAGCUUGCGCCGGAUCAAUCUAUCCGGAAUUUCGUACUGCGAAUGGCGGAAGAGGAAGGUAUCGAGCUUACGAAGUCGUGAUGAGAGCACUGCUGUGCCCUGCCCUACCUUGAAGAUCGCGGUGUGAGACUCGGCAGGGAAAAAAAUGUGAUGCAAAUGCAUGUAGGGAACCUGCAUCAAAGGUUACUACCUCCCUACCUGACCUUACCUACUCAUGAUUCCUGGGUGUACAAGCGGGUCUACCAAUUUUGGAGAUUCCGCGCGGAACCAUGCUUUACUUUUUCUGAUGUUCAUCCAGUAACUUCGUACCUCUAUGCGGGAGAAAGAGUAAGAUAGCUCCCAUUUUCUU